CCCUGACAGCUUGACUUGACCAGUCGCACCAGAAUAUCAGCAGUAGUGAAUAACCGAGUACAGGAUCACCCGCAGUUGAAUCAAUCUCCGUCGUAGCCUGUCGAGCAAUUUGCAUGCGCGCAUCCGACAUGUGCUUCAUUUGCGUAUAGGGCUGGCAGUCACAACCACCAGCUCGCAUCACCCGCCGUGACACAUUCGCCGCCCUCCCAUCGGCUCGCUCACGUAUCCGCCCUGUUUUCUACGCGUCUAGAACCUAACCGCUGUACGACUUGCACCCCACACCUCACGAUUCACACCGCAACCCGCCGACAUGUCCUCCGUCUGGAACCCCGAUAAUGUGCGAGAUGUCGCUGAAUCCGUGGGCGUCGCCUCACUCGCUGAUAACGUAGUCGAAGAGCUGGCGCGCGAUGUCGACUUCCGGUUGGCGCAGGUGCUGGAGGAGGCGCUGAAGUUCAUGCGACACAGCAAGCGGACGACACUUAAUACACAAGACGUAUCCAAUGCUCUGAAGGUAUUGAACGUGGAGCCACUGUACGGUUACGAAUCCACUCGCCCACUACGCUUCGGAGAAGCCUCACUAGGCCCUGGCCAGCCGCUGUACUAUGUCGAGGACGAGGAGGUUGACUUCGAGAAACUCAUCAACGCUCCGCUGCCAAAGGUGCCUCGAGAGAUUACGUUUACAGCACAUUGGCUUGCUGUCGAGGGAGUCCAACCAUCAAUACCGCAAAACCCAACCGCAAUUAACGCCGAUUUGCUGCCUAAAGGCACCAACGCCAACCCGCAUCUUGCAGCUGCUAAUGGACUGGACAACGUCAAUGUCAAGCCAGCUGUGAAACACGUCCUCUCAAAAGAGUCACAGGAGCUAUUCGGCAAGCUAUCGAGCGCACUGGUCGACGAGACCAACAUCGAAUGGCAAAACGCAGCGCUUGCAGCCAUCCGGACAGAGCCGGGCAUUCAUCAGCUUACAACAUACCUUCUCACCUUCAUCGCCGAGAAGGUUACACACAGCAUGAAGAACACUUUUGUCCUGCAUCAGAUGAUGCGUGCCACUCACGCCUUGCUAGAUAACCAGGCCAUUUACUUGGACCCGUACAUUGCAUAUAUGGUACCGCCAGUCUUGACGUGCUGCACGGGCAAACAUUUGGGUCCAGCUACACAACAGGCUCUAUCCAACGCCUCCUCUGAAACACUUAACGGAGGCAGUGUUAAUGGACAUGGUCCCAACACUCAAGAUCACUUCAGCUUGCGCAGACUCGCAGCAUCCAUUCUUAAUCGCAUCUGCCAGAAGUACUCUACGACCAACCAAAAUUUAAAAUCGAGGGUCGCGCGGACAUGUCUGCGGGCGUUCAUGGAGUUUGGCAAACCGCUCGGCACGCAUUACGGCGCCUUGCUGGCUUUGCUUCAAAUCACCAGUAACGAGGGAAUGAAGAUGCUGGUGCUGCCGAAUUUGAAAAUGUAUAGUGAUGACGUUCUGAAAGGCAAGCUGGCAGACGAAAACACAAGAAGAGAGGCCGAGCAAGUGCUCGAGGUGCUUGUGAGUGCCCUUAGGGGCUUGGGAACAACGUGUCCUCCAUUACGAGCAAAUGGGGUUGCCAACUUGGAGAGUCUGAGAGAACGACUCACUGACAAGGUCGGCGAUAUUCUGGCUGACCAGAUCGUUGCCCACAAACUGUCUGCGACCGCACAGGUGGUAUUAGAAACAAAUGUUAUCUGGGAUUUGCUGGCCUCGCUGGGCCUCUCGAACAAGCAUGCGAAGCUUCUGUUCCUGGGUCUCGACAAUGCGGGCAAGACGACGCUGCUACACAUGCUGAAGAACGACCGAGUAGCCGUCCUCCAACCCACUCUCCACCCCACUUCCGAAGAGCUCUCGAUCGGCAACGUAAAGUUCACAACCUUCGAUUUGGGUGGCCACGCACAAGCGCGCCGCCUCUGGCGCGACUACUUCCCCGAAGUAUCCGGUAUUGUCUUCCUCGUUGAUGCCAAGGACCACGAACGUCUUCAGGAAUCCAAGGUCGAGCUCGACGCGCUGCUCGCGAUGGAGGCACUCAAGGACACUCCCGUGUUGGUGUUAGGCAACAAGAUCGACCACCCCGAGGCCGUUAGUGAGGAUCAGCUGAGGAACGCGUUGGGACUGUGGCAGACAACGGGCAAGGGCAAGGUGGUGUUGCAGGGUGGGCAGAGAGCCGUGGAGGUCUUCAUGUGCAGUGUGGUCAUGAGGCAAGGUUACGGCGAGGGGAUCAGGUGGCUGAGUCAGUAUGUCUAGGCUUUGGCGGCGAGACCUCCUGGCAGUACAACGAACGCGUUACGUUUACCGAGAAACCUAACAAGAUUGAGACACUACGGACGAUCAGCACAAUUGUGGGUCAGGAACGUCUACAUCUGCAAGUCAAAGGGAUUGAUCAGGUAGACAUGGUAAAGAAGCUAUCUUCUUUAUUGGAAUAGUAAUUUCCUGUCACCUUCGUUUGUCACUCUCAGAUCCCUAAGUCCUCACACCAGGCGCAUAUAAUUCUACUUAUUCCAAACAUAUUAUUCACUGUUC